AUGGUUUCUCCCUACCAGCUUAUCAUCCAGACGCAGAUCGACGCCUACGCGGAGGUUUUCCUCCGAUCCAAGAUUCCAGCGGCGAAGUCCAGAAUGCACAAUCUGAAGGAGAACGAUCGCACGAGGGAGCUCGAUCUAGCAGCGGCGAACAGGAAGAUCUCCAAACUGGACAACCAUUCGCUCUCAACGCUCGCGGCUCUCGAAAGGGACCUGAAGCGGCCCCUGCAGCGAGCAGCUUCGGAGACAGGCCAGGGGGCGACCCGGAAGCAAUCGCAAAUUCAAAAACUCAAGGAAGCAUUGUUGAACAUUUUCUCACUGGCCAACCGGAUGUAA